AUGGCCCUGCCUGGUCGUCACAGUCCCAUCGCUAAUGGAACUGUGACCUCUGCAACUUCAGCCUCCAAAUCGACUCGCGUUCCAUCCCCGAUCAAGAGUUCUACCGCUACUCAUGUUCCCACCACAGCACACUAUACCAACACCACGAUCACCUCCGCCCGAGGAUCCAGCACGGCCACUGCCGGAGAAUCUGGCUCUGUCUCCACCAUCACCUCUACCAUCACUCUGACUACCUUUGAGCCUUGUUCAACUCCCGUCACCACCAGGGACGGAACCACGUACUACAGCACCUGGUUGACGACCUCGGUGUACGAGACUACAACCUGCUACACCACAACCUAUAACCCCCGCACAGCCACACAUACCGCCGCCGCGACUAAUGCACACGUCACUGCUCAUCCCGGGGUUUCUGUUCCCUCCAACUGUCCAUCGCCUGAAACGGUAACCAAGACGGAAACCGUCACUGUAGGCGGGAAUGGUGAUGGUUCGCUGCCGACAGUGCAUCCCGGAAAGCCAUGCGCACGUUGCGAGACAAUCACAUAUACCAAUACAUACGGGCAUACCAAGACUAUUGUAAUCCCGGUAGAGCCCACUGGAAACUCUGGUCAUUUGACCGAGUCUACCGGAGGGGAUAAUGAUCACUCGUCCACCAAAUCCACUACCAAGACCCUGUCCACUGCGAAGCCCACUUUCACCCACACCAGACAUGGGAAUGGCACCCAUACCUCGCAUACCAAAUGGACCAGCAGCCCCGUGCCAACCAGGAGUGUUCAUCCCUCCAUCCAUUCUUCGAUCCAGUCGUCGGCUACCCCUUUGAGUCGGCGUGCGAUGUGGAGGCCUAUCUACUAG